AUGUUCUUCCUCCCCGCACUCCCUUCAUUGGGCCUGUUAACCUCUCUUGUCUCUGCUCAGUAUACGAACGCCACCAAUGGCACUUCUGGAGCCAAUGCGUCAACAUACACCAAUCCUAUCCUCAACGAAGUAGGCGCUGAUCCAUGGGUGAUUCGUCAUGGGGACUACUACUACUUGACUUAUACGACCAACGAUAACAUCACCAUGCUUCGUAGCUCUGUCUUGACCGAUUGGGACAAUGCGGACGUAAAGCUGGCUUUCAACCCACCUCCGGGCAUGAACUACUCGACUGAUCUGUGGGCACCUGAAUUGCAUCAGAUUGACAACUCCUGGUACAUAAUUUUUACUGGCGAUCCUAACCAUGACACGCCAUCACCAGAAAUCGAUAUGUGGUGCGAUUACAACUGCCCUGCAGUUCACCACCGCAUGUACGUUCUUGAAGGCUCGUCUUCUGAUCCCUGGAACUCGACCUACACUCUCAAGUCUCAGCUCAACACUUAUGAUCAGUUCGCCAUUGAUGGUACCUACUUCCAACACGACUCUGGGCUGUAUCACAUCUACAGCUGUUGGUAUCGUCAGUAUGAUGCAUGGCCAUCGAAUCUCUGCAUUACCAAGAUGUCCGACCCUUGGACUGUAGAGAGCAACUUUACGGAACGCCAGAUCAUCAGCGUCCCAGACAACCCUUGGGAAAAGACACCAUAUGGACGACCUUUCAACUACCGCCUCUCCUCGAACGAAGGACCGCAGCAACUCACUAAUCCAACCACAGACCAACAGUUUGUCAUCUACAGCGCUGCUCGCUCCGACAACCGCAACUACUGCUUGGGUCAACUUGAACUCAUUGGUGACGAUCCGAUGAACCCUUCAGACUGGCGCAAGAAUAACCAAGGCUGUGUCUUCUACCAAAACCCCAAGGAAGAAGCGUAUGGAGUAGGGCACGCCAGUUUCACCAAGAGCCCUGAUGGUACCGAAGACUGGAUUGUUUAUCAUGGCAUGAGAGAUCCCACGAAUGGAUGGAGUGCGAGAACGAUUAGAACGCAGCAGUUCACGUGGAAUGCUGACGGAUCCCCGAAGUUCCCAAAACCCGGUUAUGGACCUUACCAAGUGCCUUCAGGGCAGGUCUAG